GGUCACAUGACCGGAACAAAACAAACGCGUACUUCCUGCUGCUGCCUGCACGUUGUCGUGUUUUCCUCAGUGAUCCAGCGACAAAACCUCAGCUGAGACAGAUUAAAAAACACACAGACAUGGCGAAAACCAAGCAGUCUGCGAGGAGAAAGAAGUUUGACUACAACCAGGACCGGAAGAAGCUGAAGAAGAAGUUCAUCAAGAAGAGCAACCCGAGGAUAGAGAAUGAACAAAUUCGAAAUGCGUGGGACAACAGGAAGUCCUCAGCCCGUAAUCUGCAGGAGAUGGGUCUGGCUUUCGAUCCGAAUCGAUCUCUGCCAAUAAAGAAACCAAGUCUCCUCGGCAGAGAAAGGCCGACGAAAGCGCCCGUCGGCAUCGUGACCAAGCCCUACGUUCUCAACCAACUGGAGGACGAGGCCAGCCGUCCAGAGAAAGACUCCAAGUCGUUAUCCUCCGACCUGAUUGAGUACGCUCAGUACAUGAUCCGAGAACACAGCGACAACUACAAGGCGAUGGCCAGGGAUGAGAAGAACUAUUACCAGGACACACCGAAACAGAUCAAGAGGAAAAUCAACGAGUACAAACGCUGCCACCCGGAGCACUAUAAUGCCUUCAUCAACUCGUUAGCUGUUCCGCAGCCGAUGGCCCAGUAGAUUGGCAAACCAUCUUCCGGACUUAAUGAGAUGGACCUCAUUCACAGGUCAGACUGUGACAGAAGCAAGACAUUGGCAGACCCAGGAUCAGAAUAAGAUGAUCCAGUUGGAGGACAAGCACCAACUUGUGUUUCUUGUUGAGGACCUUUACAGAUGUUUUUGGACAUUUCUCCUGUUAUGAUCCUCUCUGUCAAGACUUCCUGUUUUUAUUUUUACUUCUCGAUCUCAACUGUAUGUUCUGAACGUCAAACAUAAUUAACUGAGAUGUAUUUUUAAACAUAUGUAUGAUAUAAACACCCUUAAGCUCAUUU